GGAUAUCUCCUCCCGACCACUACUCCAGAACCUCCCAGUUAGCAAUGGCGAAGUGUCUCGCCGUCGCGCUCCUGCUGCUUGUGGUGCUCGCGUACUGCGACGGGAGGGAACUGAACGGCAAGGACCAGACACUUGCAGCAACACCCGGCGCCGGUGCCGGUGGUGGCGUUGGCGAGGCGAAGGUUUUGGGGUUGCCAGACCUGCCGCUUGUCGGAACCGCUACCGGUACCAGCACCAUUACAGGCCCGCUGGUGGUGCUUCCUGGGAUCCCUGCUAUUGGCCCAUGAUAAUCUCUAGUCCAUGAGAUGGCUCAUAGCCUGAACUGAAGCUCACUUUGUGUCUAGCUUUAGGCUUUAGCUAGCGCCGCCUGGAAGAAAAAACGUUCAUGCCCAUGGUUCCUUGAUGAGCGUCUGUAUCAACUGUCGUCUGUAUUUCUUUGCAGUUCAAUUUCCAGUGUUUUGUUCCUUGAUGUGCUACAUGUAUCAUCAACGUAAUAAAUAAGUAUUUUGUC